AUGGGGCCCCCGCUCACUCCGGACUGGAAAAAGGAGGAAAGACUGGUGACCUAUCUGCAUGAUGGCAUUAACUACAAGGAUCAUCCAGGGGCCACAGUCACAAAGCCAGUCUCUGAAUAUGGUUCUUCAAAGAAAUCUUACAAGUCUCUGAACAGGGUCAUCCCGUGUCUCCUCGACGACGUCCCCUGUGGGCUCGCCACCCAUUGCCUCUCGACUGCGGCCGCGGCGGGAGGAAGCAGCCCCUCUGCUACCACCGAGAGAGGCACAAGUCCUCCAGGACGUGUAUUCGCCAACACUACUUGGAGGGCCGGUACUUCCAAGGAAGUCACCUUUGCAGUCGAUUUAUGUGCACUGUUCCCAGAGCCAGCUCGCACCCAUGAACAACACAACUUACUGGUCAUAGGAGCAGAAAGUGUUGACCUUGCAGCAGGAUUUGGACACUCUGGGAGCCAAACUGGAUGUGGCAUCUCCAAAGGUGCAGAAAAAGAACUCCAAAAUAUUGACUUUUACCUCUGUCCUGGGAAUCACCCUGACGCUAGCUGUCGAGAUACUUAUCAGUUUUUCUGCCCUGAUUGGACAUAUGUAACUUUAGCCACCUACUUUGGGGGAUCAACCAGAUCUUCAUUCCAUAACUUAUGCUUCUCGUCCUAAAUUAUGUACUAGAAAAAAUUGUAAUCCUCUUACUAUAACUGUCCAUGACCCUAAUUCAACUCAGUAAUAUUAUGGCAUGUCAUGGGGAUUAAGAUUUUAUAUCCCAGGAUUUAAUGUUGGGACUAUGUUCACCAUCCAAAAAAAAAUCCUGGUCUCACGGAGCCCACCUAAGCCAAUGGGGCCUUUGACUGCUCUAGGUGACCCUAUGUCCCAGAAACCCCCUGACAAAGUUGAUUUAACUGUUCCUCCACCGUUCUUAGUCAUAAAAGAUACACUCCAAAAGUUCGAGAAAAUCUAGAUGGGCACCAACAGGAACGAGAAAAUUACAUCCCCUGGUAUCAAAACAUGUUCAACUGGAAUCCCUGGCUAACUACUUUAAUCACUGGGUUAGCUGGACCUCUCCUCAUCAUACUAUUAAGUUUAAUUUUUGGGCCUUGUAUAUUAAAUUGGCUUCUUAAUUUUUUAAAACAAUGCAUAGCUUCUGUCAAACUUAUGUAUCCUAAGACUCAAUACAACCCCCUUGUUAUAACUGAGGAAUCAACGAUUUGAUUCCCCAAAAACACAAGUGGGGAAUGUAAUGCCCAACCUGGUUUUUACUAAGUGUUUUUAGACUCUCCCUUUUCCUUUAAUCAGCUAGCCUUGUUUCCACCUGAAUUGACUCUCCCUUAGCUAAGAGAGCCAGACGGACUCCAUCUUGGCUCUUUCACUGGCAGCCCCUUCCUCAAGGACUUAACUUGUGCAAGCUGACUCCCAGCACAUCCUAGAAAGCAAUUAACUGAUAAGAUACUGUGGCAAGCUAUAUCUGCAGUUCCCAGGAAUUCGUCCGAUUGAUAACGCCCAAAGCCCCGGGUCUGUCACCUUGUAGUAGUCUUAAAGCCCCUGCACCUGGAACUGUUUAUGUUCCUGUAACCAUUUAUCCUUUUAACUUUUUGACUACUUUACUUCUGUAAAAUUAUUUUAACUAGACCCCCCCUCCCCCCACUUCCUAAACCAAGGUAUCAAAGUUAAUCCAGCCCCUUCCUCCGGGCCGAGAGAAUUUUGAGCGUUAGCCGUCUCUCGGUCGCCGGCUAAUAAAGGACUCUUAAUUCGUCUCAAAGUGUGGCGUUUUUCUAACUCACUCGGGUACAACAAUUAUUCUUGUUCUAUGUCUGAACUAAUCCAUGUGUUAAUCACUCGCUUUUCUUAUCAUUCUUUCUCACACUCAUUCUUCCUCCAAGAUUUCCUUGUUCCUAAAAUUCCUACUUUAGUAGUUCUUUCACA